AUGCCCACGACGUGCGGCUUUCCAAACUGCAAGUUUCGAUCGAGAUAUCGUGGUCAGGAGGACAAUCGCCACUUCUACCGUAUUCCAAAACGGCCGCAGGUGUUACGGCAACGGUGGCUUUCGGCCAUCGGCCGUACUGAAGAGACUGUUGUCUCGCAGGUAUUUUGAGAGUUCACGUUAUAGUUUUUGGUUUAAUUGUACAAUCGUCUUCUUCAAUACUCUUUUUUUCUGCUAUUUCUGAAAGAACAUAACUCAAAAAGCGUAAAUCUACGUGAUUAGAAAUCAGGUUGAAGUAUCAAAAUUACGGUAAAAGCUACAGGCUCUUUCUAGUAAUGUUAGCAUUUUUCGAGAAUGCUACUUGAUUUUUCGCUGGUUUAUAAAUUGAAAAACUAAUCAUUUUUUGACCGAAUUCGAGUUCAAUUUUCAAAAUUUGCUUCAUUUAAAGCUAGAAAUAAGUUUUUUUAUUCACAAUUUUAAAAAAUUAUCACCAAAAACACUUUCGAAAAACUUCCAAGUAUCCUAUACCGCUCAUAGAGUAGACUGUAAGUUUAUUAAAUGAGCUUUACUCUUUUUGAACCAGUAAUGAAAGAGACGAUUGUACAAGAAACCAGCUUUUGAUCCGCUUUGAAGUUCAAACUUGUUAUGAAAAUUUCACUCGGAAGCAAAACCUCUAGUGAUAUGCUUCCUAGUGAAAUAACAAAAACCGCAAGUUUAUCAGUUUUAUCUCGUGUAAUCCGCUAAAAAUGGGCAAAAAUCCAGCGGAUCACCUCCGCUUCUAUCACUUCCGUUUGUGGUGUCAAUGCUUGGAAGUCAUUUACUGGGUUGCUUUGUCACUGCUUCCGCUUUUCAAUAAUAUGCCGAUGGGCUUUUCGCAUCUGCACGCGGCUCCUUUUUGCGGAAAUUACCUUUGCGCCGUUUUACUCUCUCGACCAACACCGCGUUUCGCAUAGGAAAAUGAAAUUGAGUUGAUGAAAUGGGACCAAGAAGGAGUUGGGGUAAUAUUUAAAAUCAAAAAUUAUGACUUUUUCAGCUACGCAUCUGUUCGGCUCACUUCGAAGGUGGCGAGAAGAAAGAAGGUGACAUUCCAGUGCCUGAUCCCACGGUACGACAUUUAUCUUUCAAAAGAAAACGAAGUUAUAUAUAAAUUUUUUUCGUAAGAAAAAAGGUAAUCCUCAAUUGAGAAAGCAAAAAGCCCAAAUUUCAUUCUCUUUUCACUCCCGGGAAAAAAAAAAUGUGACGGCCGUUGAUUUCCUCUCAUAAGGUUUCUUCCUAAAUCUUGAAUCCGACUAGCACCUUUUUAGCGGAUUACAAAGAUUAUGUUUCGGUUUAUUUUAAGAGCGAUGUAGUUUUUUUUGAUUCCUGAAAGUUACAGUAAGUUCAUUAUUUUCAGGUGGACAAGCAACUGAACAUUGAACUUCCGCCAAAAGAGAACAAAAGCGCAGAUCGCCGUCGUAAGCAAACGGCUCCUGCUCGGUUUUCCAACCAAGACUCUUCAGAAGGUUUAUCAGUGUUGCUCAUGUUUGAAAUUAUAACUUUUUUUUUUCACAAAGUGAACGUUUUUAGCCUCCGGUUGAACUUGGUAUUGAAAAUUAGCUGGAACGAACUUGAAGACUUCCUAAAUAUGGAGCAAGGAGAAAAAUCUCUCAAUAGUCUUUUUUUUUUUUGCCUUUAAUAAUUGCAAAUUUUACAAGUACUGAAAGAAAAACGGCUCAUUAAGGGGCCUAAGGCUUCAUAAAUCCUGAAAAAAGACAUAUUGCAAGAUAUUUAUUUCUUUUUCUGGAAUCAGAAGAUCUUAAAGUGCAUUCCAGCCAAGAUUUCUCAAAAGUUCAAUUGCGGGCCAGAAAAUGUCCCUUCCGAAAAUCUCAAAUAACUAAACCUAAUUUUGAGAAACUUUUUGACUUGUCUAACAGCCUUUAUGUACUAUCUCAGUAGAACUGUAUGAUCUCAUGGAGCCAAAAGAUCCUUUUUUGAAUUUUGAAUUUGGAUUUUCUGGAAUAGCUUUGAACUCACUUGGAGAAUUAUCAUAAGUUUUCACUGAUCCCGGUUUUAUUCCAGGUAGCCCGUCGUACUUGAAAAAAAGUAGAACUAUCCGCGAUCUCUACCCCCCUCCAUUCGGUCAGUUUCAUGUCAAAAUUUAA